AUGAACAAGAACUGGAAUGACAGGGCAGAUAAAGAUCUGUUCUUCACUAUCUUGUCCGUCAAGAACAUCGGCGUUAUCAGCGGCGCGGAAUGGACUACCAUCGGCAAUCAUAUGCGCGGCCUCGGCUAUGGCUUCACUAAUGAAGGGUGCCGUCAACACUUUCAAGGUCUUAGAAGAGCGCAAAACAAGGCCGAAGUGGACGGAAGUCACUCUGAAAGCGCUAGAAGAGCUGACCCAACGUUGAAUCCCAUCACCAGAAGGCCGGGGCCUGGCCGGGGCCGCCCCAGAAAGUCACAGGUCCAGGAGUCAGACCAGCCUGACGCAAAUACCACCGAUAACUCUCCCACCGGUCUUCCUACUGGCGUACCUACCACGGUUUCCGCUGCUGUCCCCACGGUGGUCCCCGGAGCUGCCGUGUCAAGUCCUAUGCCAGGCCACGGCCCGGUUAUGGCUGCUUCUGUUGUGCCGCUUCAGCAGCAACAGCAGUUUCAGCAACUUCAAUCUCAACAACUUCAGCCUCAACAACUUCAGCCUCAACAACUUCAGUCUCAACACCAGCACCAGUUUCAACAGCAACAGCAACACCAAUUCCAGCAACAACUGCAGCAGCAUCAAGCACAGCUCCAGCCGCAGCUCAAAACGGAGAUGCAUGAUGCUGAUGGCAUAUCUGUCUCUGCUCAAACACCAAAUGAUAUGGCUUCUAACCAUCUGAUUGGAUCGGAACCCGGGUCAACAACCUCUCAAGAGCAGCUGCAGCUAGACGCCGUACAAAGUGGCGAUGACGAGGAAGAAGAAGAAGAGGAAGAGGAAGAAGACGCAGACGAACAUCCUUCCAAACGACAAAGAUUAGACCCCCACGACCUUGGCCAAGAUUCGGCUCUCGAUGACGAAGCUGUGCUGGCGCUGGCCGCCCAUAACGGCGCAGACGGCACAGACCCGUAUCCCACAGACUUUGGGUACAGAGAUGGUCAGAUCUGA